CCCGCAUUGAGGCUGACUUAUAUAUCUUGCAUUACAGCCCGCCAGUAUUUUUUUCUAGCCUGGUGCCUUUCUGAUUAGCUUCAACCUUCACUUUCCCUGUCUACGCCGGAUUCUCUGUAAUCAGUAUCAGUAGCUCACGACUCCUAGCUCGAAGAUCGGCAACAAAAGACGAAAUGACCGGUCCAAGCGACUAUACGGUUGGCUGGAUUUGUGCUCUUCCAUGCGAAUAUGCUGCGGCACAAUCAUGCCUCGAUGAGGAGCACGAUGAUGUGUCGGUAGAUGCCUCCCAGAACGAUUAUAACGAUUACACUCUCGGACGGAUUGGCAAUCAUAACGUUGUUAUCGCCGUUUUGCCCAAGGGUGGACAUGGUACAACCUCUGCGACAGCCGUUGCGCGGGAUAUGCUGCACUGCUUUCCCAACAUUCGUGUUGGGUUGAUGGUCGGCAUUGGUGGUGGCGUGCCGACGAAAAAAGACAUUCGACUUGGCGAUGUGGUAGUUAGUCUGCCUCAGGACAGCAUGAGUGGCGUGUUCCAAUAUGAUUUUGGAAAGUCGAUUCAAGAUCAGGAGUUCGUCUACACCGGUGUUCUUGAUCAGCCUCCGGCCGCGCUACGUGGCGCAAUGGCUAAAAUCGAAGCACGGUAUUGCCUGAAAGGGCAUCAGAUCGAAGAAAGGCUUAAUGCCAUUCUCUCCGAGAAUCCACGAUUGCGACAGAAGUACAGCAGGCCCAAUCCAACAAGUGACCUUUUAUUCAAACCUGAUCUUACGCAUGACAGUAUUUGCAAUGGCGAAAGCGGAUGUGUGAACGACCACAUGAAUUUGGUCGUGAGGCAAGAAAGAUCCCAGUUUGAAGCCAUCACCAUCCAUUACGGCACAAUUGCUUCAGGAAACCAAUUGAUGAAGAACGCUGUGAUCCGUGACAAGCUUUCCCAAACAAAAAACAUUUUAUGUUUUGAGAUGGAAGCAGCCGGUCUAAUGAAUCAUUUCCCGUGUGCGGUUAUUCGUGGAAUCUGUGAUUACUCGGAUAGUCACAAAAACGAUCAAUGGCAAGGAUACGCUGCGCUGACGGCUGCUCUCUAUACCAAAGACCUUCUAUCUCAACUGUCCCCUCGCCAGGCCAAUGUGGAGAAAAGGAUGGCAGAAAUUUUUGUUGAAAGGAUCAGUUAG